AGGCGACCCGGGCAGGGCUCACUCUGAGCCCGUCGUGUCUCUCGGCCGCUGGCUGUCACUCAGCUCUCAGUUUCUCCACCAUCUGACGCACCGAAAGCAAACAGGGAGAUUUCUCGGCCAGCAUGAACCUUUUCUGCUUUUCCCUGGAGGGGUCUAUGGACAGCCUGUACGAGGCCGUGCAGAGCUCCAGUGAUGGCCCACCACAGCCCAUCCCCAGCCGUUCUUCCAGCCGAUCGUGCAGCCGCUCCUGCAGCCCCGCGGUCCUGCUGGAGGACAACACAAAGUGGAGAGGCUCUGGACGAUCCAUAUCCAUGCAGGAGAUGCCUCCGACUCAUCGGACCAACUCCACUAAAAAGAAAAAGAGAACAAAUAUAUCCAAAUCUGCAUCAGAUAAUGAAGCGCUAGAUAACCCCGGCUGUAAUGCUGUAGUCUGGCAGCCUGCCAAGAGCCGAGAAGAUUUAGUUCAGAUCACCAACAAUCACAAUGAAGAGACGCGAAAAACUAAGCACAGAACAGAAACCAAGGGAGGGAAAGGAUCACAUCACCACUCUGGCACCAAGAAAAAGGAGAAACCAAACUCGAGCCAGGGUAUCCAUACCAAUGGAGCGGUGACAGAACCUAAACCUGCUGUCAAAAGAACCCAAAAGGCCGGAAAGAAACCAGGCGGAAAGAGCGGGAAAGAAGGCAAAAAGAAAAGUCACCAUUCCACAGUCACAGUGUCCUCACCACCAGGCACGAUGAACCCACCAAUAGCACCCCAGUAUCUGGACGUGCCGUACAGGCCAGACAGGAGACCCUACCUAGGAAAAUCCUCCACCCUCCCCUCUCAGGAGAACGCCACUCCGGGCCGGUGCACGGACAUGAUGAGCCUACCUGGCGGAGCAACGCCCACCCACCAUCAGCGCUGGAGCAGCCCCGGCGACGCCAGUCCCGCGUGGGGGACCGUCCAGCAUACCUGCCGCAGGCCUCUCACGGAGUACCGCGUGUACUCCCACGAAUUCACCGCCGCUCAAGGGAAGGAGUGGGAAGGAAGGCAGCAGCAAGCAAUGGCCCAGAGUGUCAGCUUGAAACAGGACUCUAAACCCCAAGUUCCCCCGAAGGUGCCGCGGUCGGUCACAGACGUGGAUCUGUCUGAACCAAAUGAUCUGACAAUAACUUUUAAACUGCGGAAAAUGUUGCACAGGACGGCAUCCAAUGUGUCAGACAAGGCAAAGAGCAACAAACCAAAGCGCUCCACGAGUUUCGGAAGGUUUGAGGGUCUCAGGCAUCAUUCGUCUCCGGCCAAACCGGAGGAGAAUGGAACAGCUACGGUCACAGAAGAAUGUGAGAGCUCAGACCCAAACAAAUCCGCUGGACUUGGGAAGAAGAUGAAAGCCAUCUCACUGACCAUGAGGCGGAAAAUGGGCAAAAAGCAUGCAAAGAGCUUCUCUGAGGAGACGGGUGAUGACACAGACAAAGAGGCAGAGACAGAGGGGAGCCCUCCCACUGAGAAAAACUCUGCAAAGACGAGCAACUCCCUGGAGAGCCUCUACAGUGGACAGAGCUCCUCCAGUUCAGGUGGCGUCACCAAUGAGUCCAACAGCUCCAGUCAGAGAGACAGCGUGAGGCUGGAGGAGGACGGCUCCUAUCAGGGACAGUUCUGCGGCAGAGCUCGGGUCCACACAGAUUUCGUUCCGAGCCCUUACGACACAGACUCCCUGAAACUCAAGGUCGGUGACAUAAUCAGCAUCAUCAGCAAGCCUCCGAUGGGCAUCUGGACGGGCAUGCUCAACAACAAAGUGGGCAACUUCAAGUUCAUCUAUGUUGACGUCGUGGUGGAGGAGGAGGAUGAAGAGGAAGCGCCCAAGAUCAGACAACCAAAGCUGUGCAAGAGACCUCGACCUAAAACGCUGCUGGAGUUACUGGGGCGACUGAAUCUGGAGGAGUACGCCUCUGCCUUGAUGCUGAACGGCUAUGAGACAGUGGAGGAUCUGAUGCACCUGCAGGAGAAACACCUGAUAGAGCUGAACAUCAAAGACCCCGAGCACAGACUCAAGCUCCUCACAGCUGCUGAAUGCCACUACACAGAAGGUGAUGAUGUCAGGGAUGCGGAGGAGCACAAAUCCUCCCACAGUCCGCAGGAAGAAGACAGCGACUGUCCCAGAGACUCGGGCUGCUUCAUUCCGUCUGAAUGUUCAGACAGCAAGGAGGACACGGAGCAGGUCGUUACUGCGGUGGACUCGUAAAGUGCUCAUUUGCCAGUUGGAUACUUUGACAUUUGGAAUUCAAAGUUGCACUUUUUCUCACGACUUUGAUGGUUUAAAUAUUUAUCCUGCGGUUUCCUCAAAAUGUCAUGUUUAUAUCCCUUGUUACAGCUUGCCUAAUGUAAAAGCCUUUUAACAGUGUGAUAUGUAUGUGAAGAACAGACAACCAGUAUUCUAAAUGUCAUUUUGUCCUUUUGUCACUUUAUCAAGUUAAUAGUUAAUUUUUUUUAGGUGUAUCUUAUUAUUACUGAAGAAGUGACACUUCAUCCAUUCAGUAUCAGUGGUAUUUAUUGCUUUCUCAAUCAUUCCGUGUUUUUUGUUUGUUUGUUUUGCAUAUAAAGCCUUUAUUUAUCACAGCUGCAUCAUUUUUACCUUUGUCACAUCCAAUCACAAAUCAGCUUCGCUGUCUUUCCUUAUGAAUGAAGUGUGUUAGUGAAGGAAUGUUUCUGAGUUUGUCUCGAUUUGAACACUGCAUUUUCUUGCCUAUAAUGUAUACUGUACAUAUAUACCUGUGUGCUCUUUUGAUGUGGAUGUGAUCGAGUGUGAGAGAGAGCCUGUGUGAACGCUCAUGUGAAAGUCACAGCUCUUCUGUUUUCAUGAGGUUUUGUAAAUAAAAUCAAAGAAAUGCCGUCAAAUA